GAGUUGCUCAGGGUGAUGAGGACAAUCGAUGACAGAAUUGUCCACGAAUUAAACACUACAAUUCCAACAGCUUCCUUUGUGGGGAAAAUUGAUGCCAGCCAGACGUGUAAAGAGCUGUACCAGUCUUUGAUGGAUGCUCACACCAGCAGAGAGAGAAUCAUCAAAAACUGUAUCGCUCAGACUUCCAAUGUGGUGAAAACUCUCAGAGAAGAGAGGGAAAAGGCCCAGGAUGACGUAGCAUUAUUAAAGCAACUCAGGAAAGAGCAGACAAAGGUGAGUGGUGGAGCUUUUCAGAGAUCACUUGGAGAGGAAGAAGAGGGUAUCUUUCCUAAACAGAAAAACCAGUGUGAUGGAAAGAACCUGAAGUGGAUCCUUACUCAGGCAGUCUUUUCUGAGGUUCUUGUUGGCUGG